UACUGUCUAUAUACAUUUUCUUUUCUUUUUUUUCCCUUCUUUCUUUAACCUCUUAUCAAUCAUAAAAAGUACUUGUUUGUAUAAUCCUUCUUGGUCUUGCUCCACGUUGCUCUAACCAACUUAAAUUUUAGGCUGAUGGUGGUUACCUCAAUUUAAGUUUUGAUAUGAACAUCUGACACGGGCUUACCAUGGAGGAAGAAGUGCCAGGAGCAAUGGGCACCAGCGCCAGUCUGGCUUUGCGAUUGGGUCAGAUCAUUUUCUCCUCUGCAUCGCUUCUUUUUAUGAGUUUUCGUGUUGAGUUCUACAGCUUCACUUCUUACUGUUUCUUGGUCACAAUCAUGGGUUUAGUGAUUCCAUGGAGUAUGGCACUGGCACUAGUAGAUGCCUAUUCUAUCUUCCUAAAAUCUUUACCUCGUCGACAAAGAAUUAUGUUGAUAAUCAUCAUAGGGGAUUGGGUUUUGUCAUUUCUAUCGUUAGCAGCAGCGUGUUCAACAGCCAGUGUCACAAAUCUCUUGGUUGAAGCUGGUGAGCAGUAUUGGCCCCUUAAUUUGUGCAGAAGAUAUCAACUGUCUGCGGCCACCGCUUUCUUCUCUUGGUUUCUAUCAUUUGGUUCUAGUCUCUUCAAUCUCUGGCUCCUCCCUUCUUUGUAGCAGUUACCACACUAUAUAGAAUUGACAGAGGCAACUCUUGACCCAAGUCAUUGGUUGCAGGGAAAAACAAAACAUUGGAAAUGUAUAUCUACAACUAAUCUUGAAUGUAAAAACUUGUUAUGAUCGUUGUCUGUUUUUCUCAAGAAUGGAAAUAGGAAAGAAGAAGAAAAAUUGGUGAGUAUUGACCCACACCGCACUAGCGUUUACCACCAAACAGCAAUUGUCAUACAACAAUACAAAAAGAAGGGAAUAUUCGAAAUAGUGCAUUUUUUUAUAUGUG